UUGAAAAUGUAUCGAUGUUCUGCGAACUUAUUUUGCAAAUGUCAGAAGAUGGAUGUUGAUGAUCAUCAAGUGAGAGAGUGUUCGCGAUUAUACGAAGUUUGAUCACAGUUUAUCAUCUUAAUUUAACUAUUAUAAACAAGAGUUCUAAGUGAGCAUAACGUUUCCGCGACGUUAUACACAUCCAUAUAGUAAUGGUGUAUCACAAUGAUGCAAUGUUGUUCACGUUUUUAACGAAUUCGUAUGAAUUUAAAGUAAAUCUAGUGAGAUCGAAUACACGUGAGAUUACUGAUCUUUUCGAAAGUUGAAAUUACUCUGCAACGAAACGACGAUGAUUGUUACUUUUAUUGACAAAUUUACAUACCUUCUACAUCGUUUAUAAACUUAUGUGGACCUGUGAUUUGUGUGAUUGAAAAUAGAGCUUCGAAUAUUGAAGAAUGCCACCAAAAAAGAACGCCGGCGGUAAAGCUGGUAAAUCCAAAAAUUCGGAAGAAAGUGGAAAAGGAGAAAAAGCAGAAAAAAAAGGUGGAUCUACUGUAAAAGUUAGGCACAUAUUAUGUGAAAAGCAAUCUAAGAUAUUGGAAGCUAUGGAAAAACUAAAGGCCGGACAAAAGUUUAAUGAAGUAGCAGCAACAUAUAGCGAAGACAAAGCACGAUCUGGGGGGGAUCUUGGAUGGAUGACGCGUGGUUCUAUGGUUGGACCUUUUCAAGAAGCAGCUUUUGCACUGCCCAUUUCUAAUUUAAGUUCUCCAAUUUAUACGGAUCCUCCAGUUAAAACGAAGUUUGGUUAUCAUAUAAUAAUGGUAGAAGGUAAAAAAUAAUCUUAUAGUAGUAAGAUUUCAUUUGUAUUCGUUUGAUUGUUAAAUUACAAGAUUAUUAAAAGUUUUUUACGUGGUA